AUGCCUGAGUUGGGAUUGUGCAGCCCGCAGGCAGAUGAUGCCUUUGGGCCCGUCGUUGCCCAUUGUCGCCAGGGCUUCGACUUCACGCUGCUUUUUGAGCAAUUCAUCCUGUCGGCCGUGCCCUCGGUUCUGGUGCUGCUCGUUUCAUCCUGGGCUUUGAUGCGAAGGCAUCGAAGGAGUGUCAAGACUACCUCGCAAUCGAUAUUUUCUCUGAGAUUAGCAAAGCAGAUUUCAAUUGCAUCUUUAGCCGCCACACAGCUUGUCUUGAUCGUGUUAUGGAGCUUGCCCGACUCAAACAGGACCAAGGCGUCGCUGCCUGCAGUGGCCCUCUCGCUUGCUGGGACACUCGCAAUGGCAAUCCUGUCGUACCUUGAACAUGACCGCUCCGUUCGCCCUUCUACUAUCCUAUGCGCCUAUCUGUUCUUCUCGGCUUUGUUGGAUCUCAGCCAGGCUCGAACGCUAUGGCUGAGGCACAGUAACGAUGCCGUGGCCGCUGUCUUCACUGCUGGUCUUGUCCUCAAGGUGGUGACUCUCGUUGUGGAAACGAUUGAAAAGAAGAGUUUCCUCCAAGCACCUUAUCGUGACUACAACCCGGAGACAUUGGGAAGUGUCUUCAAUAUCAGCGUCUUCUGGUGGCUGAACUCUCUUUUCUUGAAGGGCUCAUCUACAUCCCUCGGCAUCAAGGAUCUCUUUGCACUUGAUGAAAAUAUGCUCUCUGCCAAGAUUCACACAAACAUUCGCCAGCGGUGGGCAGAACAACAACAGAAGAGUUUUUAUCGCCUCCUUUGGGUUGCGGUUAGGUCUGCUUGGAGGCCGUUGCUCAUAUCAUCUGUCACGCGACUGAUUCUCAUCCCGAUCAAAUUUGCGCAGCCACUUCUCAUCGACCGAGCAGUAAGCCUCAUGACUGAGCCUGAAAGUCAAAGCAAAACGAACAGCGGCCGAGCUAUGAUUGGGGCCACGGCUCUCAUCUAUUUAGGCAUUGCGAUUGUGACUGGCUAUCACCGACACAACCUCUAUCGUUUCGUCACCAUCGUCCGAGGCGGUUUGGUCUGUUUGAUAUACGACGCGACUCUCAAGUUGGACAUGGACCAAUCUAAAGAAUCGGCAGCAGUUACUCACAUGAGUGCUGAUAUCGAUCGCAUCGCCCUUGGCUUUGAAUCCCUGGAUCCCUUGUGGGCUGGGCCGAUCGAGAUCGCCAUUGGUAUCUAUCUCCUGAACCAGAGGAUUGGGGCUCUCUGCGUUACUCCAGUUGUACUGGCCGUUGUUCUGGUUGCAAUAUGCUUCUCUGUGGGCAAGACCGCGACUUCAGCCCAAAAGGUUUGGGUAGAGGCGAUGCAGCGGCGAGUGGCCGCAACGGCCAGAGCUCUAGCUAAUAUCAAGGGCCUCAAGAUGACGGGACUUACGAAAUUCAUCGACACCGAGCUCGAUGACCUUCGAAACUUGGAGCUGAAGAAGUCCCGGCGUGUCCGUUUCAUCAUCUGUGUGACAGCAGCGAUCAGCACCACAACGUUGCCUAUCUUAACGACUAUAACUAUUCUGGUGUACGUGCUCGUCAACCGGAACUCACCAGAUUUCAAAUUUGAUUCUGCCCUUGUUUUCACAAUGUUAUCUCUCAUCUCCCUUUUGACCCGCCCUGUUCAAGACUUGGCAUUCGCUAUCCCGGACGUUGGAGGUGGAAUUGGAUGUGUCCAGCGCAUUCAAAAAUAUUUAGUGGCCCAAGAAGAGGUCCAAGAAUCCGGGCCUUCGCCUCCGGCUCCUGAAUCUUCUAAGGGAAAAGAAUUGGAGGACCUUCUGCCUCAGUCCAGCACAGAUGCAUUGAUAACUAUCCAGGAUGGGGAUUUCACCUUCCAGGACGUAAGCAAGCUCGUGCUUCACGAUAUUUCACUCAAAGUCCCGAAAGGAAGCUGGACUAUCCUAACUGGACCAGUUGGAAGUGGAAAAAGCGCUCUGCUUCUCGCUAUCCUUGGGGAGUUGCGGCAGAUCAAAGGAUCAGUUCGCAAGAGCAAGUUGCUGCCCAUUGCGUUUUGUGCCCAAGAGCCGUGGCUGCCCAACACCACCCUUCGUGAAAUUGUCACGGGGUUCUCCGAAUACGAUUCAAACUGGUACUCGAAGGUCAUUGACGCGUGCGUAUUGAGCUUUGACAUCAAAGAACUUGCCAUGGGCGACCAGACAGUUGUUGGUAGUGGAGGUAUCAGUUUGAGCGGAGGGCAGCAGCAAAGACUCAGCUUAGCUAGAGCGCUGUACUCCCGGAAGUCAUUGCUUCUCCUUGAUGACGUCCUUUGCGGCCUUGAUGCGGCGACAGAGCAGAAAAUUGUUGAUAAUGUUUUUGGGCAAAGUGGCCUAUGCCGAAAAAACGGCACCACCGUGUUUCUUGCCACACAUUCUGUGCGUCACGCGAUGCGAGCUGAUCAUGCGAUCGUCUUGGCCUCUGGUGGCACUAUUCUUGAGCAGGGGAAACCAUCCCAGCUCUCCUCUCUUCAAGAGUUUUCGACCGACACUGAAUCUGAGGAACCAGCCACUACAUCGUCCUUCACUGACGCUAACACUACCGAUCAAAGCAGCAAUGUCCCUCGCGCGCAAGAUCAUGACGGAACUCAGGAUUCACGCUCACGAAGCAACGGAGACACGAGACUCUUUGCGUAUUAUCUCCAGGCUAUUGGAUGGGUGAACGUCCUCGGCAUCGCCAUCUUCAGCCCUAUCUUCGCCUUCUCAUUCAAGUUCCCCACCGUAAUUUUGAACUGGUGGUCGGCGACAGAAACCGAAACACCUGGAGUCAAGACUGACCUGUACCUUGGCAUGUACUGCCUGCUUGCUGUGAUCACCAUCAUCAGCGUCGUCAUGGCCUUGGUCUUCAUCCUCAUCUUUGGAAUGCCUCGCGCAUCUAUCAGAAUACACAGGAGGUUGCUAGAUGCCGUGAUCGGGGCUCCUCUGUGGUUCUUCGUCUCUACUGACUCCGGCCAGACUCUGAACAGAUUUAGCCAAGACCUGUCACUAAUUGAUGUUGCGCUCCCGCCGGGUAUGUUAAACACGAUAUACAUGGGAGCUCUGUGCAUCAUGGAGGUCGGACUCAUCGCCAUGGCGUCCAAGUGGGCUCUACCAAUGUACCCCGUCUUGCUCAUUGUGCUGUAUUUCCUCCAGAGCUUCUAUCUACGCACUUCCCGACAGCUCCGGCUGCUUGAUAUCGAAGCAAAGGCACCCCUGUUUUCGCAAUUCAUGGAAACUCUCCAAGGACUUAUGACAAUCCGGGCCUUCAAGUGGGAGCAAAAGUCUACUGAGAAAGUAUAUGCUUAUCUGGAUGAUUCUCAGAGGCCGUUUUAUUUGUUGUACAGCAUCCAACGAUGGCUUACUCUUGUCUUGGACAUCAUGGUUGCUGUGAUUGCUACCGCUGUUGUGGCCUUGGCAACUCAAACGUCGGGGUCUUCAGCAGGAGGCCUGGGUGUGUCGCUGGUGAACAUCUUGUCGCUCAGUCAAACGCUUGUUUCUUUGAUCCGGGCUUGGGUGGAAGUGGAAACAUCUCUUGGCGCAGUGGCCCGUGUAAGGAGUUUCGAUCGGGAAACUCCACGGGAGAAUUUGCCCACCGAGGACUCGGAGCCCCCGGAGCAGUGGCCGUCAAGCGGCAAGAUUGAGGUCAGGGGUCUCGGGGCUAGCUACAAGCCCGAAGGAGCUCUUGUUUUGGAUGGAUUGGAUGUGGACAUCCAACCCGGCGAAAAGAUCGGACUAUGUGGUCGAACUGGGAGUGGAAAGAGCUCUUUUGUUUUGUCGCUUCUGAAAAUGGUGGAAUUGCAACAGGGAGAUAUUCUCCUGGACGAUUCUACCAUUAAAUCGAUGCCGCGCUCAACUCUCCGACGGAGAUUGAAUGUUAUGCCGCAGAAUCCUCUCAUUCUUUCCGGAACAAUGCGAUUCUGCCUGGAUCCCUGGUCAGAGAAUUCUGAUGAAAGGAUCCAAUGGGCACUGGAGGAAGUAGGCAUGUGGGAGGUCAUCGCUGAGAGAGGCGGUUUGGAUGUCAACACGGAUGACUGCCCGCUCUCUCGUGGCCAGCAACAGCUCAUCUGUCUUUCCCGAGCUCUCCUCGGGAAGUCUAAGAUCUUGAUUCUGGACGAGGCGACUGCGAACCUGGAUCAAGAAACGGAAGCCAAGAUGAUGGAGGUUAUUAAAGAAAACUUCUCGCAGUGUACAGUUAUAAUGGUUGCACAUCACCUGCACACCAUCAGGGACUUUGAUAAGAUUAUGGUUCUUGAUCGAGGCAAUCUUGUGGAGUAUGGUAGACCUGAUGAUUUGUUGUCCCGUCCAAGUAGGUUCCGUGAGAUAUGGGAGAGUCAGAGUUAG